AUGAAGUGGUUUCUCUUCUUCACUAAUCUCUUAACAAUCACUUUCACUCAUCCACCAGUGUAUCGAGAAGAACCGCAACUUCAUGAACAAACAAAAGAAGCAGCUGAUCGACCAGAUCAUCUUGAAGGAGUACCACUGGAAAGGAAUGGAGAUCUAAAUAAAGAUUUUAGAAAAGAAAUCCUUCUUGGGAAUGUUAAACCUCGAAACUCUGAUGAAGCCAAGGAUGCGAUUAGAAAUUUAUUUAAAGAAGCUGAUCUCGACAAAGACGGUUUCCUUUCCUCAGAUGAAUUAGAAAAGGUGAUUCACAAGAAUGCUAUGAUGCACAUCGAGGAAAGCAAACGGGAAGUCGAGGAGUUAUUCAGGGAAACCGAUUUCGAUCACAAUCAACAAGUAACAUGGGAAGAGUAUAGUAAAAGAUUCGUGAUUGAAACUGAUCACGAUUCUUUGCGAGAAUCAUUUGAAGCAAUGGAUGACGAUAAGACAAAGUCGUUGAAUCUCACAGAGUUCACCGGGUUUUUACAUCCAGAGUUAGCAAAACGAACAGUAGAAGAACUAGCGGAGGAUUUAUUGAAAGGAUACGAUCGUGACGGGAACCGAAUGAUUUCAAGAAGUGAAUUUGUUGAGUAUUCAGAGGGGGAAUUGGAUGGACCAUUUGCUGAAGAAGAGAAGAAAGAACAAGAGGCGAGGGGAGUUGAAUUUGAUCGAGAUUUAGAUCAAAAUGGGGAUGGAUUUGCAACACUGGAGGAAUUGAUUGGAUAUGUCGAUCCACAAGGAGAAGGAAGGCAUCAAAGAGAGGUAUCAGAGUUGAUUUGGCAAGUGGAUUUGAAUGAGGACGGGAAAUUGGCGUUGAAAGAGAUGUUGGCACAGAAUCUAUUGUUGGAGAGAUCGUCACUGUUUGAAGCUGGGAGGAAAUUGCAUGAGGAUCUG